UUUUUUUGAGGCGGAUGAGCAACAGGCUGUGCCCCUGUGGAGUGAAGCACAACGAUCGGUGCGAUAAACCGAUAUUUCUUUUUGGCCAACAUUACGACAGUGAGGCCUUUAUGGUUUAGUUUUGUCUCAUAUUUGUUGAACCGGGGGGUAGAUAGCAGAAGAUAUACAUUGUGGGUUUUUUUUUUUAAUAGAAGAACCAGCUUUGUUCGAGGCCUUGGCAUGGAUGAGGUACGGCCUACCAGUGGUGCUGCAGCCCACGGGCUGGUGCCGCUGUUUCCUCCUGGACUGCAGGCUAUCUACGGGGAAUGUCGGAGACUUUACCCGGAGCAGGCUAACCCGCUUCAAGUCACGGCCAUUGUAAAAUAUUGGUUAGGGGGACCAGACCCGUUAGACUACAUCAGUAUGUAUAGGAGUAUGGGCUGUCCAGCUCAGGACAUCCAGGAGCAUUGGCACUAUGUCAGCUUUGGACUGAGUGACCUGUAUGGGGAUAAUAGGGUUCAUGAAUUUACAGGAGCAGACGGACCCAGUGGGUUUGGCUUUGAGCUCACUUUUAGACUCAAAAGAGAGGUGGGAGAGACGGCACCACCAACCUGGCCAGCUGAACUCAUGCAAGGCUUGGCUCGCUAUGUGUUCCAGUCAGAAAACACUUUUUGUAGCGGCGAUCACGUAUCGUGGCACAGUCCACUGGACAAUAGUGAGUCUCGUAUCCAGCAUAUGUUGCUUACGGAGGACCCACAGAUGCAAGCAGUUCAAACACCAUUUGGCACAGUGAGCUUUCUCCAGAUUGUGGGUGUAUGUACAGAGGAGCUACAAGCGGCCCAACAGUGGAACGGCCAAGGCAUCCUGGAGCUGAUGCGUGGUGUCAGAGUAGCUGGUGGCCCCUGGCUAAUUACAGACAUGAGGAGAGGGGAGACUAUUUUUGACAUCGAUCCACACCUACAACAGGAGAGAGUGGACCAGGGUAUCGAGACAGAGGGCUCUAACCUGAGUGGUGUCAGCGCCAAGUGUGUGUGGGACGAUCUGAGCCGACCACCAGAGGACGAGGAGGACAGCCGAUCCAUCUGCAUAGGAUCACAGCCACGGAGGCUCUCAGACAAAGACACAGAGCAGAUCAGGGAGACCUUGAGAAAAGGACUGGAGUUUAACAGCAAGGCAGCGCUUCCACCUAUCAACAGCCAGAGACAGGGCCACGAGAGGCCUCAGAGUCGGAAGGACAGUUUGGAGAGUGAGAGUUCAGCGGCCAUUGUUCCUCAUGAGUUGGUCCGAACACGACAGUUGGAGAGCGUCCAUCUGAAAUUCAACCAAGAGUCAGGCACACUGCUGCCCCUCUGCCUGCGGGGUCGGUUGCUCCACGGGAGACACUUCACUUACAAAAGUAUCAAUGGAGACACAGCCAUCACAUUUGUAUCUACGGGAGUCGAAGGAGCUUUUGCUACUGAAGAGCAUCCGUAUGCAGCCCAUGGUCCCUGGCUUCAGAUACUGUUGACUGAAGAGUUUGUGGAGCAGAUGCUUGGGGAUUUACAGGAACUUAACACUCGUGAGGAGACAAAGUUACCAAAGGAGUACAGUUGGCCAGAAAAGAAGCUGAAGAUCUCUGUACUACCAGACUCCGUGUUUGAUAAUCCACUGCAAUGAAACAGAGACACUUAAUCACUAGAAAAUACCAACAAAAACACCUGCAGACACACACUUCCAGUGGCCCAUCAUGAACAGGAGACCUCCCAGGACAGGCAGCGACCCUGAGUUGUCUGUGCGCACACAUAUGUUGUUCCCUCAGUGGAUGGCCACAGACUGUAUCACUCCUGAAGAUGAUCUGAGGGAUGAACUAAACACUUUGGACUGUUCCUGCAUUCUCAGACUGACCCAGCUGUUUACGUUUCUCUGAGGCUUGAAUGCUUUUGGAGGAUGUCAAAGCAGCCUGAAACCAGCCUGUCCAGAUGGUUGACCUAUAAGAACAAUCAUUACAGGUGACACACUAGCUGUAGGGAAAAACAGGAUGUCGUUAGGCCCGCCAACGUCUGAGGUCCAAAAUAUAUGUGAUUAAUCCAGUUGACCAUGCAUCCUUAUUUAUUCCAUUGGCCUUUAGAAAGGAAGGAAAAGUCACAUGUUGAACCUUUUUUAUCAGUGUUUUUUUCAAUUGAGCUCAUGUGUAUAGUAUUUACAAAUGCUGGACAUUUUUCUCUUAUGUGUUUGUGGUCAUACCAAAGUUUUUUAACUGUUGGCAGUCCGCUGCCAGUACUGUCUGCGUCUCUCAAUGUGUCAUUAUUCUGAAAUAAUAGGCAGACUGAACUAUGAUUAACUAUUAUUCACUCCGUGUGUGUCUCGGAUAAUCACACAAGAAUCUGAAUGGUUUGCGUAUCUGGCAAAUGCUGCAGGUAUUAACCACCUUUUCUCCCCUGUGCCAAGAACAUGACUCCUUAUUGAGUAAUAUUUUUUGAAUGUCUCUUCCGAGUUUUGUCACGCAUGAUGAUGCGUGUUUUUUAUGAAAUGUAAUACAUCAAUCCGUUGUAUACAGUCAAAGACUGGGAAUCUGUGUUCAGUGGCCUCACUCAACUGUUGUCUCCAGUGGCCACAUGAAUAUGAAAUGUGUGGUUUUUUGUAUUUUUUUUGUAUCUGUAGGACCUGCUUGAAUGAGUCAGUAAAAUGCCUGAGUGCCUUGAGUUGAAAAGGACCACAUAGUCUCUGUUGACUCCUAAUACUGCCUUGAUUGUUAGAGACAGUACUCUGAAUCGAGGCUGCUGCGUUCAUUGUCUUUUUCUGAGACCAUCAGUGCAUUCCAGUGUAACACUAAAACAAAACUCCUCCACAAUACUCCUUUUACUGUCUUCUUACAAAAAUGUACUCUUACACAACAUGUGAUGGCAUCUUAUUUUUGAGUCUUUUUUUUUUAAAUUCAGAGUGACAAAUGUAAAGUUUAGGCAUCAUUGAAAUUUGUAAUUCCUAUCUUAUUGACUGAACUCGCUGAUUGUAAUCCCAAGUGCAUUAAAGAGUGUAGAUAUUUACACAAAUAAAGCUGCAAAACUUUACAGAA